CCGGGACUACUGGGCGUGAAGCACCGAGCACCGCUACCGGCGCUGGGAGGCUCGCGAGCUCGCGGUGACCCUCAUCCCAUCCCCGCUCCGCCGGCCACCCACGGACCAUGAACGUGCUGGCUCCGGUCCGCAGGGACAGGGUCAUCGCCGACCUGCCCCGGUGUUUUCGGAAGGAGGCCGCCCUGCACACCCGCCCCGCCUUCCACCCCACAGUGGCCGGCGCCUGCCAGGAGCAGCGGACGGGCGUUGUGGGCUUCAAGAUCUCCAAGAUCAUCGUGGUGGGAGACCUCUCGGUGGGGAAGACGUGCCUGAUCAACCGGUUUUGCAAGGACACUUUUGACAAGAACUACAAGGCGACCAUCGGGGUGGAUUUUGAGAUGGAGCGGUUUGAGGUGCUGGGGGUGCCCUUCAGCCUGCAGCUGUGGGACACGGCCGGCCAGGAGCGUUUCAAGUGCAUUGCCUCCACCUACUACCGGGGAGCACAGGCCAUCGUGAUCGUCUUCGAUGUCAACGACGUGGGGUCCCUGGAGCACACACGGCAGUGGCUGGCUGACGCCCUGAAGGAGAAUGACCCAUCCAAUGUGAUCCUCUUCUUGGUGGGCUCCAAGAAGGAUCUGAGCACCCCAGCUCAGUACAGCCUGAUAGAGAAGGACGCUCUCAAGGUGGCCCAGGAGAUGCAGGCAGAGUACUGGGCUGUCUCCUCACUCACUGGGGAGAACGUGCGGGAUUUCUUCUUCCGUGUGGCGGCCCUGACCUUCGAGAACAGCGUGCUGGCCGAGCUGGAGCGCGGCAGCAGCACCCGCAGGAUCGGCGACACCGUGCGGAUCAGCAGCAAGGAGAGCGACCUGUACCUGUCAACGCCCCGCAAGAAACCCAAGUGCUGCCAGUGAGGGGACAGCCCCAGUGCCCUCCAUGCUCACACCUCUGGACCAAAGAGGGGCGACCCCGGCCGGCCCCGAGGAGCCGUCCCUGCCACCCCAGCCCCCCCCGGCCCCUCGCCCGCCUGGGCACCCCUGGCUGGGGCGGGCAGGAGCACCGGUGUGGCUGCUGUAGCUAUGCAAACCCAGGUACUGCUCGCAGGGGGAGAUACCCUCAGGCUCCCU